AUGGGUGUUGUAUUCGGUGCAGUUAUGUCAGAAGGAAUGAAGUGUAGUAAAGGAUUUUAUGGGACUGGUGAAACAUUUGUCUUUCAUUGGAAACCAACAUUUAAAAAAUACUGUUGGACCAAAAAGAAUUAUUUCUUUAUGCGAGGAUCGCCUCACUCGUUUCAUAUCGGUGGUCAGAGUGGAAGAAAUGCUAUUUGGUUCGAUGAAUCACUGAAAUAUGGUCGUAGUGAACCAACAGAUACAUAUGAUAAUCCUGUACUCAGUGGAAAUUUACCAGAUAUUCAAUUCUCUUCAGCGUCAAUUGAUACUGACAGUACUGCUCAAAAUACACAGUCAAAACAAAGUAAUCCUCCUGAAUCGAUUAAGAAAUCUUCAACAAUGAUGUAUAACAGUGUCCCGUUUGUAAUUGAUACCGUUGAAUUGUGGCAGUUAGUUAGUUAG